AUUCGCAAGCGUAGGGUUUCCGCGCUUUUUCGCUCCGUUCUGCUCGCGUCUGUGGAAAAGCUCCGGAGCAGUCGUUUACCGUUUUUUUCGCGGCACCGGCCGAUCGCGAGGGUAGCGACGGCGGAGUGUUCACGAGCGCUCUGUGCUUCGUUCCGCCUCGGGGAAAAACGGACAGACCGAUUCGGGGAGAGAGGGAAGGUGAGAGAGGGAGUAGGAGAGAGAAAGAGAGAGACGUGCGCGUGAGAGUGCCCCAGUUUCGGUGCGGUCACAUGUGGACGUGGAGCGGCGUAGUGCCGCGAGGGGGCAAACGCAACGCUCCGAAGUUGGCGCUUCGUCCUUCUCGGUCAACUGUCGUCGUGCAAGAUCCGCGGUGAUUUCCGGCCAAGUGAGGAUUCGCCAGCCGAGUUCGUCGUCAUUCGUGAGUGCGUAUACCGAUAUUGCGCUUCGAGCUGCGCGAGAGCGCUCAGCGAAACAUGUUUUCGCGCGGCGUGCCUGGUGUCGACGGCCGAGCGACAACGCGUGGCCGAUGACAACCGUCUCUCGGUGUGUGAAGAUCCGACUUUUCGCGUGAUUCAUAACCUCAACUCGUUGGCGCCAUCGCGAAGAGCGAAGCUUCGUCGAUGCCGGUCGUCUCGACGGCGACGCGCUCAGACAUCCGUGUUUUCCUGCGGGGUUAUGUUUACUCGAUGACGUUAGAUAGACAGAUUCCCGUGCGCGCGGGGUUGCGCGAUUCGAACGCGUGCGAGUGUGUCCCGGUGAAGAUUGAACGUGUGCGAUUGAUGGCGGGAGUUUCGAAGAGAUGCGAACUGCGACGACGAGCCUGUGGCAGCACACUUGCCGAUGUGCUCAAACGUCGUUUUCGGUCAGCUCGUGUUAAUUAGUUGAUUGUGUUGCAUCGGGGUGAAAACGCAAGUACGACAUACGCGAUUGACAGCGGCGUGGUAGAAGGAACUCGCGCGGUAGUUCGUAAUCGGAGUGGUCGGGCCGCCGACCUGGGACACCGGAAUGUGAGAUCGAUCGACGCAAAGUGCUUCAAGGUCGACACAACGUCUUGUCUGAGCGACAACAAUCGUCGCAAACGAGCAUUCGUGUGACGGCGUUGUUUACGUCUAAUGCGUGGACAUGCUGCCUACGAUCGAACGUUGCUGGCUCGCCGGGAUAAGAAUGCCGCUAGGUCGGCACAAGUGUGCAGUGUGACGAUCGUCGGUUAUAUUGCGAUGGAACGGUUGUUCUGAAGGAGAACGUGCAGCUGUGACAGUGCAAGCGCGUGGAAUCGAGAUUUCGCGCUGGAGACUCAUUCGUGCGUUACACGCCGCCGAGAACGAAGCGUUCGAGGAUAAUGGUGUAUCUAAGUGCUAACGGAAUGGAUACGUCAAGAAAUCGAAUUAGAAGAAUGGUCGGCUUACUGUGGCUCGCCUUCUUCUUCGCUGGAGUCUCGGCAGAGGGAACCCUGGAGAAACUGCACGAAGAACACGUGCGGGAAUUCAGCUGCGGCAUGCUGUACUACAGGACGCUCUAUCUGGACAGUAAGAGGGACGCCCUGUACGUCGGAGCUAUGGACAAGAUCUUCAGGCUAAAUCUGAGCAACAUCAGUCAUUCCAGUUGCGAGAGAGACGCCUUAAAUCUGGAACCUAGCAAUGUUGCGAAUUGCGUGUCCAGAGGCAAAUCGGAGCAUUUCGACUGCCGAAACCAUAUAAGAGUGAUACAGCCAAUGGGAGACGGCAAUCGGCUUUACAUGUGCGGUACGAACGCGCAUUCGCCCAAGGACUGGGUGAUUUAUAGCAAUCUGACUCACUUACCGCGCCACGAGUUUGUCCCGGGGGUGGGAAUGGGCAUCGCCAAGUGCCCUUACGACCCUGCGGACAAUUCGACGGCGGUCUGGGUCGAAAAGGGCAAUCCCGGGGACCUGCCGGCUCUUUAUUCCGGCACGAACGCCGAGUUCACCAAAGCCGAUACCGUAAUCUUUCGCACGGAUCUCUACAAUUUGACUACCGGCCGCAAGGCAUUCAGCUUCAAGAGGACGCUGAAAUACGACUCCAAAUGGCUCGACAAGCCAAAUUUUGUGGGCUCGUACGACAUCGACAACCACGUGUUCUUCUUUUUCCGCGAGACCGCGGUCGAGUACAUCAACUGCGGUAAGAGUGUGUACUCCCGCGUGGCCAGAGUUUGCAAGAGGGACACUGGCGGCAAAAACAUACUCGCGCAAAAUUGGUCCACGUACCUCAAGGCCAGGCUGAACUGCUCGAUACCCGGAGAGUUUCCAUUUUAUUUCAACGAGAUACAGAGCAUUUACAAAGUGCCGGGCGAUGACACGCGUUUCUACGGCACCUUCACCACCUCAACGAAUGGCUUAAUGGGCUCCGCGAUAUGUUCCUUCCACAUCGACGCCAUCCAAGAAGCUUUUCGCGGAAAGUUCAAAGAGCAAGCGACUAGCAGCAGCGCGUGGCUGCCGGUCUUGUCCAACAAGGUUCCGGAACCGCGACCGGGCCAAUGCGUCAACGACACAGAAACGCUGCCGGACACCGUCCUGAAUUUCAUAAGGUCUCACCCGUUGAUGGACUCCGCCAUCUCGCAUGAGAAUGAGAAGCCAGUCUUCUACAAGCGAGACGUUAUGCUCACGCGACUGGUUGUUGAUAAGCUGCGCAUCGACUUCGUGGGCAACGAUCUGGAUUAUACGGUCUACUACGCUGGAUCCAGUGACGGUCGCGUUCACAAGGUCGUGCAGUGGGUUGACAGUAACGGCGAAUCCCAGUCGAUCUUACUGGAUGUUUUCGACGUGACGCCCGGCGAGCCGAUACAAGCGAUGGAAAUCUCAAAGGAGCAUAAGGCUCUCUACGUGGCGUCGGAUCAUCGGAUAAAGCAGAUCGAUCUGGUAAUGUGCACCCGACGAUACGACAACUGUCUGCGAUGCGUCCACGACCCGUACUGCGGGUGGGAUAAGGAUACGAAUACGUGCAAGCCCUACCAACCGGGACUUCUUCAGGACGUGUCGAACAGUACGGCGGACGUUUGCGACAGCAGCGUCGGCAAGCGGAAGCUAGUUGUCACGUGGGGUCAGUCCGUGCAUCUGGGUUGCUUCGUGAAGAUGCCGGAAGUGCUGGCCAACCAGGAGGUACGGUGGUACCAUUACAGCAAGGAGAAGGGACGCUAUCAGAUCGCGUACAAGUACGGCGCCGGCGGGGACAAAUUCAUCGAGACCUCGGAGAAAGGUCUGGUGAUUGUCGGCGUAAACGAGCAGGACGCCGGCAGAUACGACUGCUGGCUCGGCGGCGCUCUUCUGUGUUCGUACAACAUCACCGUGGACGCGCACAGAUGUUCGGCGCCCGCCAAGUCCAAUGAUUACCAGAAGAUUUAUUCAGACUGGUGUCACGAGUUCGAGAAGUACAAGACGGCGAUGAAGAGCUGGGAGAAGAAGCAAGCGCAAUGCGCCUCCAGGCAGAAUGACAGCAAUCAGAAUCUACAUACGAACGAGGUGUACGGCACUCCCCUCGUCUGAUGGAGGCGAUCGUUGGGUCCCCCGUCGAGCCGAGAUUACGACACGAUGAUACGCAUAAUCGUCCCGCCGAGGAAUCGCGGCUGGACCACGACCGGCCGGAUAAGCCUGGCCUUCCUACUGACCGGUCACGUCACCGCGCUCGGCACGUUCAUCACCCGAGGACUCUCGAGCGACUAGCGCGGAUCCUCGAGCGAACUGGUGCGAGAACGUAAGUGUAAAAAGGACGUGCGCGUGAUCGAUCGUGCAUACUAUCAGUGCCACUGUGCUCCAAGAGACCUUCUCUCGCCUUGCGCCGCCGAUCGCGAGUGACUAUCGCGGGAGUUGAUCGGCUCGCGCGCGUCCUCCGCGGUCGGUGACCCACGCGCGAGGGUCGUUCCGGUUUCGUUUUCGUCGUAUCCACACUCCUUUUCCGUUCAUGUAUAUUUUCGUACUCGCUUCGCUGUAAAUAGAGAGGUGUUGCGUACGAGCCACCAAAGGUGCUGGACUCUUGCGCCGCGAGUGUUUUCUUAGCGAUGACGACGCGCGCCAUGAGGAAUCGUCGUCGACAGCGGAGAACUCUCGGCUCUCUCGUGAAUUCCGAUACGAUGCGCGUUCACGGUGAGUGCUGCUCCCCUCCGGGUGGACGGACCGCACCACGCUCGCAUUGUGUCCGGAGAAUCGUGGAUAGAGUUCCGGUUCCUCGAAAGAGAGAGGGAGGGAGAAAAAGAGGCCGAUCGAUGCCAGAGGCUGUACGGAGAAGCGUCGCGCGGACGCGUUCUCCUGGACUCUCAAUCAACGCGGGGAAUUAAUGUGUAUAUACGAUAUCGGAGUCUCGUUUACGGAAGACACACGCAAUGUUGAUCGUGAUAAUGAAACACCGUCGUAAAUGAAAUAUCGCGCCGUAAUGAAAUAUCGAUCAUAUCGAGAACGGCGCCGAGAUCGCACCGACGGGAGAGAGUCGCGUUGUUCUCCUGCAGCUUCCUCGCAUCCUGUGAUAGAAGCUCAAAGAAAGCGAGCGAGCUCGGGGUGCGGCGCCAACUCGGCGAGGCAGGCGUCGAUAGGGAACAGGUUCGCGAACGGCUCGCAACUCGAGCGCGACCGAGUCGAGGCGACGAGCGUUAGUCGACGGCAGAGAGGAAGAACGUUGCAUCGGAGGCAGGAAAAGGAAAGAAAGAAAGAAAGAAAAAAGAAAACAGAAAAAAAAGAGAAAAACGAAACGUGGCCAACGGCGCGUUUACGACGUCACGCAGGUUACAUAUGAGAUUAUUAUCGGCUUAGAGACCUUCGUGCGAGCCGCGCUGCACUCGCGCGACACUGGUUAGCUUUCCAUAUCACGUUCGCCACUUUUGCGGCGCGCACGCCUAUUUUCUACUUGCACACCUUCCUUCCUCCCCGCACCUCCAUCCCGCCCGCCCGCCCGCUCAUCCACUUCACCCGCACCGCAUCCGUUUCCCUCAUUUUUCUAUCAUGUAUCGCAUCUCGACGAUCGCGCGCGAGCUGCCGCGCCAACGUGCCGUUAUCUCCCGUUUGCGGAAACCUUCGUGCCGUUCCGAUCAUCGUCAUUAGUCUUCGCACACCUGGCACCUAAAACGACGCGGCGUUUUUGUUCGCGCGCGUGCUCAGCCGUCGCUUCGAGGUCGGAGGCCACGUCUCUAUGCCCGUGUGCGAGAACACGCGCUCUGACGGAAGCCCCGAGAAGAAGUUCAUCGCGCUCCAAUUCGGCGGGCAACCGUCUCCGCGCGUCAUCUCAUCGCGCGAGCAUGUCAUCGUCGAGAAUUCGUCCCUCAAUCAAGGUGCUACACGUGCGCGGGUUUACUUUCUCCGUAAGGAAUCGACGAAGGCAGACCCGUGGCCUCUCAGAGACUCCGUUACAUUUCCUCCGAAUCUCGUCCACCUAUCUAGUUCUUUCUCCCGCGGUUCACACCCCCGCCCCCCUCCCCACAUACACACAUACACACAAAUGCCACACGCGUACGAGAAAUGCGCCUGUGCGGCCACGACGCGCGCUCGGCGCCCGUUUGUGUACGCGACUGGUGCACUGUACAUAUUACCGGACUUAGAAGUCACGUGUACACUUUCCGUAGGUAAGUCUAAUAUUAAUGUAGGAUGUACGUGUUUGCUUAUUAGUUUUCGAUGAGCACGGCCGGAUUUCUCAUUGCAUCCUGCGGCAUCGCUGCGCAAGCCGUUGCGCAACGACCGCAUCUCACACUGACGAACGCGGUGCUGGGGCACAUCGAGGCGAGCGAUCGUUUCGACGACUUCCGGAUUCGAAGCCAUUGCGGGCUAUUGUAAGGUGACCAGACGUCCCGUUUCUUCCGGGACAGUUCCGGUUUUUUAUCCUUUGUCCCAUUGCCAUUUUUUUCAAUCCCGGGUCGCCGGGAUUGUCCCGGAUUCGGCCAAACGGUUUAUCCCGCUUCAGAGAAUUCUAAAAACGCUUCUAGCAAAGAAAGAUCUUCUCAGGAAAAUUCACAGCUCUGGUAAAUACAGCAACUAUGCUCCUUCCUCUCAAUUUUAAAUAAGAAUAAUAACAAUUUUAUCUUAGCAGUUGUUUUCGUUUUCACCGUAUACGGUAGACUUUCAUUGUCGUUGAAUUAUUUUUUAUGUCAUAUGUAUAUAAAAUUUUCAAUAAUUCUUCCACUCCAAAUAUUUGUAAAGAGUUCCGGAUUUAGGAACAGGGAAUCUGGCCACCUUAUAUUGAGAGCCGGCAUUCGCUUUUCUUUUCACGCGUACACGACACGUAUAGGCUAUACGCGUAGACUACAACGACGACCGGACCGAACCCACAAAGCGAUGGGUGCAUUAGCCCGCGAGAGAUCUGCUUUCCGAAAUCACAAGUUGGAGUUUCGACGUAUGCCCUUACACCUUGGUUCGCUUCGAAAUGUCGAUAACGAUUCGUUCGGUUCUUUCUCGCCAAUAUGGCUUUCGUUGAUCGUCUCAAUCUUUUACCUCUCGCCCAAAAAAAAAGCUUUCUCCACGAACGGAAGAGAACGGGCAUUUCUGACCUGGGGAUUCUCUCUGUACAUAGAUAAUAGUGUUAUAUUUUUAUAAAAACGAUCUUGGCAGGAAAGACUCUUCGCUAAAACGCAACAUGUUUUUCAUGUAUCAUCAACAUCACCUACUUGCAUCUAACCGAGUUGACUGACCGCGAUAACAAACAGAAAAAAAAAGGGAGAGAGAAAAAUUGUCUCCGUGUGUGGACAGCGUGUAAAUGAAUAUUUUUCGAGUUUCGAGUACGCGCGAAAACAACGGGAAAAUUCGAUUUUGUCGCGCUUCAUAGCUAAUUUUACGAAUGCAUACGUCCUCGCUUAACAAUCGUCCAUGCGAAUGAUGCAGGCUCACAUUGUAGUGGAAUUAGCACUCGUGUUAGCUCCGUCCGACUUUUCCUCGGAGAUCGACAUACAUUUUGUAAUCAACACACAAUACGUCUAUCGGUGCUCAUAUUCAGCGCGGCUUGUCGAACGAUCGACGUAUCGAGAGAGCACCCAGCCACAGCCAGCCAGCCAUAAUCAGCAUCAUACAUAAAACCCUAACGUAGGUUAGAAAGAGUAGUAAGUGAGAUCAUACGACGCGCCUUUGUGUACAUGAAUUUCUUCAGUUCCGCGAAGCAAUUGCAGGUCAUAUCGGUGAUAGUUUCUCUUGCCCUCAUAGGUUUGUACAUAAACAUUUGUAUCGCGGUAUAUAUCGUUCACGGUAUCCUCGGAUAAUACAGCGCGGAGAUAUGUCCGAUCGAGCCUAGAUGCAUGCGUGCAUGUGUGCGUACGCUCGACUGCGCAACGAUUCGUUUUCUCCGGUGAUGCUAAGAGCGCGUUAAACGGUCGAGAUUGCGAACCACUGUCCAUGGUCUUGCGCGGUAAUCAUCAGUUAUGAUGGAAGCCGAAGUGAAGGUACAUGGUGUAAAUAUUGGCUCUUUAUUAUACUUUUAUUUGAUAAAUAAAAAUAUAAUAAAGUACUUUUUCCCGAAUCUUCUGUUGCAGUUGUGACAUCAAAUGUCUCGUACGCUGUCACUUCGACAGUGUUUGUCAUAACCGACUACUCUGCGAGCUCGUGAUUGCGCAGUGGCUCGCAACCGUGAUCAUUUGAUGCGCGCUUCUAACGUCAUUGGGAAAAAAAAACGCGCGCGCAGAUGAGUGUACGUACGCGCGCGCGCGCGCACGACUGUUAUGAACUUCUGUACAGAGAUCGUUGCAGACGACGAUUUACUUUUUGUACCUAUAGGCUCAACCUAAUCUACGCAGUGGUACGCGAUGGAAACGUGGAGGAAAUGGGGGGAAGGGGGAGGGUUGAAAAGGAGAGUAUGACGAUCGGUAUUUAGACGUAAGGCAUUGGUGAAGACGCGAGAGACCGGAAUAACGGGAGGUAUAAAUAACACCUAGAGGUGAGGCGACGCCCUAGGAGACGUAAGAGUAACACAAUAAUCGGUAAUCUAAUCCUCGAGUAUGUACUUAUUAUGAGCUUCACAACAAGUAUUGAAUAGUAUUGUAACGUAAGUUUAAGGCUAGGCACACACACGUUAAGAACAAAAAAUCGAGAGACUUCUAGACCGACCGGCCAAGCAUCGGCAUCGCGCGGACCGGCGAGGGCGACUCGUCGCCGAGAACCUCGCGAGCGCGGCGAGUCGUCCCUCGUUGAUCCACUCUGUCCAUCACCUCGUACCUACAAAUCACCCUGAAAUUCCUCCAGCCAUCAAACGACGUCCCGGAUCAUACUGAAUCGCAGACGCGUCUGGAUGUAGAGAAAGCUACAGAACGGUCGAGAAUGUGAGAAAGAGAGAGAAUGCUGCGUGUAUGUAUGUGUAUGAAUAUAUGUGUAUGUAGCGUGUAUACACCAUGUGUGCGUGUGUUUGUUUGUGUACGCGAACAUGUGUGCAAAGCGAUUGCGUGAUGUCAUGGAUUGAUACGUAAAGAAUAGUAACCUACCUAUCGUAUAUCUAAAGAAAGUUAUAAGAGAGAGUAAAAGCAAACGUAAUAUUACGAUAGAAUAGUAAAAUACACGAACUUUGGCUAAGAGCGCCGUCGUGCAAUCCUCAACCACGUCAUGUCAGACGCAUGUUGCGAUAACGUAAGAAGGAUCCAAGCGCUGAAGGAAGGAUCGAAAGGGAGGGAGAGAGAGGGAGAAUGUGUGUGUGUGUGUGUGUGUGUGUGUGUGUCUGUGUGUAUGUGUGUCAUGUAAAUUGUAUAUGAUGUGUUGAUGCGAGUGCACGAGGGCGCACUUCGGGUGGAGUAGGCGUGAUCACGGAAAGCAAUCUAAGUUGAACCUAAAGUUGUUAGAUAUAUUAUUUGUAAGAUUACUGUAUGUUGCGUGAAUGCGAUUGAUGCAGCGGGAUAUCGCGAGCGGAUCGAUCCACCGGCGACAUGUAUAGAAGAGGUGGCCUAUGUAUUCAAUCGCGCGCUCACUCGCCCGAUUAUCGAGGCGAGCGUUCGCUACUCGUCGAGAGACGAGUCUACAACGGCACCUCUGCUCCGGGGGAGAAACACUUUCGGACAUUGCGCCUACGAAAUCCUGGUCGAUUAUCCCGCAAUGUCGACCGCGAAAGCGAGAUAGACUAUAGCUCGGUUUAAUGUAUGCGAUACGGAAGCGAUUUUGGGUGACACACCAUGGUGGUUAUUCGUGUAAGGAAACGCAAACGGAGAGAGGAGACACCCUAACUGAAUAAUUAGUCACGACGACAUACUAUUACGAUACGGGGAGAAGAGGGAGACAGGAUAGCCGAUAACGACUUAUUAAAAUAUAUCACUAGGACUAGCCGACGACUGUCUUAGGUUUCGAGUAUCGGGGCGAGUAGAGACUCUCGUUUCUCGGGGUUGGGAAGGGGAUGAAACGGAGAGGGAUUUGCUGCACGUGGCGCCGUGUAUUCUUUACUUCUUUUACCCCCGGAAGAGAUUACGGACGCGGAAGAGCGGGUGUGAUCCGUUGACCGAUUUCCUCUUAAUUUCGCCCGCCUCUUUUUUUUUCCGCUCUCGUGUCCUCGGCGCCGUUUUUCCCCCGUAACGUUUUUCUUUCUCCCGUUUCUUUCUUUUUCUUUCCUUCUUUUCUUUUUUCCGCGAUAUAUCCCACCUUAAAGCGGAAAAUUGGAGCGAGCUUGCGCGCGCGCGCGCGAGAUUAAUAGUCCAUUCGUAUCCGUGAGAAACUCAUCCUUCAUCAUCGCCGUAUUCCUCUUGGUCUUUUCGGCUCGCUUCUUCUCUUUCUGGUUUUCCUUUUCUUUCUUUCUUUCUUUGCAUUCUGCUCGUUCCUGUCGACAGCAGAGCGAUCAAGGGUGGAAAUUAGAACCAGGCGGUAGCGCGUCGUGAGAGUCGUUUGAAGCUCGAAGGAGCUGAUAUACCGCUUACGGGAAUUCAAUUUAGCCGCACGAUAAGGGACGGAUCCGCAUCGCUCGAGGGUAACAUCGCCGUAGGGCGUGCAUCGGCGCAUCGGCAGUUUUGUUUACGGGACGUACUCGUGAAUAUCGAUCUUCCUCUCGAAGCGCCACCCGCCGAACGUUCUGUUUGUUCGCACCGGGCGAUAUGUUUAUCGAUCAAAUUAAUUCGGCCGCAUACGUCACUCUCCGCAUUUGCCGAACGAAAUUGCAACUCUUACCGGAUUGCUUGGCGCGUGAGCGUGCGCGUUUUUAACCACUCGAAAUGGGGAAAAGAGAAAUACGUAAGAGAAGACGUGAGUUUUUCUAUUUUUAUUUAUAUGUUCAUUUUUAUUGCGACGUCUUUUUUUAAGGAUUACCUUGCAGAAUCGUUUCGCGAGAAUCUGUGCAAUCGGCUUAUUAGCGUGACUUCGAUCCGCGCGCCACAUUGCGUACAAAUUACAACCACACGAUCGAUCGAUUCACAGUACGCGCCGCCUAAAAAUUCGGACUUAUCGACACGUACGUGCGAUUAUCAUCGUUGACGACACGAUCGUAGAUAACUUUUAGUUCAAAGAAUUUCGUACGAUAAGAGACCCUCUUAGAUAUUCACCUAUUACCUAAACCUAAACAUUCAAUCGCUAUUUUUAUCAAAAAAACAUGUUAAAAAUCUUUAAUAGUUAUCCAUUGUUCACUAUUGCUAUAAUAAAGUUUUGCUUUAAUAAAUGAC